UAGAGCGUCUCUUUCCACUGUAAACAACUGAUCUAACCUCAUUUCCCUUUCCGAUCAAAUCAAAUCUCGAGAUCUCUCCUCUGUAGUCUACAAUGGCGGCGGUGACGGCAUCGAGACCUCGCGCAUCCAAGGCCGAAUCCUUCGUAGACAACAAACGUAAAGAAGACAUCCGCUCCGCCAACAUCAACGCCGCCCGCGCCGUCGCCGACGCCGUCCGCACGAGCCUGGGCCCUAAGGGGAUGGACAAGAUGAUCUCCACCGCGAGCGGCGAGGUCAUCAUCACCAACGACGGAGCCACGAUCCUCAACAAGAUGGACGUUCUCCAGCCAGCGGCGAAGAUGAUGGUGGAGCUUUCCAAAUCGCAGGACUCAGCCGCCGGAGACGGGACCACAACGGUCGUGGUACUCGCCGGAGCCUUGCUCAGAGUGUGCCAAACGCUUUUAGGUUCCGGGAUCCACCCUACCGUGAUCUCGGACGCGCUUCACAAGUCUUGCGCGAAGUCCGUUGAUAUCUUGACCGCCAUGGCUGUCCCCGUGGAGCUCACGGAUCGAGAUUCGUUAGUUAAAUCGGCGAGCACGUCGCUGAACAGUAAGGUUGUUAGUCAGUACUCUACUCUGCUCGCUCCGUUAGCUGUUGAUGCGGUUUUAUCAGUGAUAGAUCCGGAGAAGCCGGAGAUUGUUGAUCUGCGUGAUAUCAAAAUUGUUAAGAAGCUUGGUGGCACUGUUGACGAUACGCACACUGUUAACGGUUUGGUGUUUGAUAAAAAAGUUAGCCACGCUGCUGGUGGGCCCACGAGGAUGGAGAAUGCCAAGAUCGCUGUGAUUCAGUUCCAAAUCUCGCCUCCCAAGACUGACAUCGAGCAGAGUAUUGUUGUCUCUGAUUACACUCAGAUGGAUAGGAUCUUGAAGGAAGAGAGGAACUACAUCUUGGGGAUGAUUAAGAAGAUCAAGGCCACUGGUUGCAAUGUGUUGCUGAUUCAGAAGAGUAUUUUGAGGGACGCUGUGACUGAUUUGUCGCUUCAUUAUUUGGCGAAGGCUAAGAUCAUGGUGAUUAAGGAUGUGGAGAGGGAUGAGAUUGAGUUUGUGACGAAGACGUUGAACUGCUUGCCGAUUGCUAACAUUGAGCAUUUUAGGGCUGAGAAGCUUGGUUUUGCUGAUCUUGUUGAAGAAGCGUCGCUUGGAGAUGGGAAGAUUUUGAAGAUCACUGGGAUCAAGGACAUGGGGAGAACCACCUCUGUUCUUGUCCGUGGAUCUAACCAGCUUGUCCUUGAUGAAGCUGAGAGGAGUCUGCACGAUGCGUUGUGUGUUGUCAGGUGUCUUGUGAGCAAGAGGUUUUUGAUUGCAGGAGGUGGUGCGCCAGAGAUUGAGCUCUCGAGGCAGCUAGGCGCUUGGGCUAAGGUGCUCCAUGGGAUGGAAGGUUACUGUGUGAAGUCUUUUGCUGAAGCUCUGGAGGUUAUUCCUUACACGCUGGCUGAGAAUGCAGGUUUGAAUCCUAUUGCCAUUGUGACUGAGCUGAGGAACAAGCAUGCUCAAGGGGAGAUCAACUCUGGGAUCAAUGUUAGGAAAGGGCAGAUCACUAAUAUCUUGGAGGAAAACGUGGUGCAGCCUCUGCUUGUGAGCACCAGCGCAAUCACUCUCGCAACUGAAUGCGUAAGGAUGAUUUUGAAGAUCGAUGACAUCGUUACUGUGAGGUAGUGUGGUAGUUUCACUCAAAACGGUCAUCAGUACACUUCUCCUGCUCUAUCUAUCUAAAGCUUUGUUUCCUUUUUGGUGUUUUGGUCUAUUUUUUUUUGUUGUUGCUGCAAUGGUUGAACUUAGACCCUCUUUGCUUUCACCAUGUGCUAUUGCAGCUAAGUGGUCAUCUCUGUGGUUUAGUGCUACUUUGUUUCUUUCUAGUGACUUAAUAUCCGGAUUUCUCUUUUUGUUUCA